AUGCAGCCUUCCAAGAAGGAUCGUGCCACCCACAGGACAGAAGACAGUGAAGAAACGACCACUGCACCAGAAGAGCAGAGACUGUCUAGGCGACGGAAGCGGACCAAAUAUGAACCUCACCAAGUGGAGGCUCUGACAAACUCCUUUAAUGAUCAUCGCUAUCCAAGCUUCUACGAACUGAAGCGUUUGGAGGAAAACCUUGGCAUCCGCGAGGAUCGCCUGUCGGUCUGGUUUCAAAACAGAAGAGCCAGACAUCCAGAGUCUGCUGAGCCAAAGGCAGUAAAGCAGGAAAAGACAAGGAAGAUCCCAUCCCGUGGAAGAGCUCCAUCUAAGAGGGUUGCCUGCCAGACCACCUGGCCAGGAAACUGCAAGAAACAGCUGCAACCAGGACAUCACUGGGGACAGAAUCAGCCAAUGUACCAGCAUUAUUACUAUCCAUUUCCACAAGGGACUGUCAACCAGCAUGAGAGUAGUCACUUUGUGACUGGACAGGCCACUUCUUCCUUUGGCAGUAAUGUCAGCUUUGGUCCUUCAGUCCAAAAUCUUCCAUUUGGUUUUGGUGGCGCUGAAAACCAUUCCUAUAUACAGCCACAUCAGAGCCAGCAGAGCAAUGCUUCUUCAAACUCUUUCUUGUAUUAUAAUGCCUACUCUGGCCAGGAACACCUUCAAUGGUUCUUUGGAACCCCACAGCUGGGAGGGCAGGCCUAUGUAGCCCAACCCGAGGGCUCUGUUUCCUCAGCAAGUACAAGCAGCCUAGACCUAGAUGAAAUCAUUAGCUACUUAGAAGAGGAUGGCUAUACUCAGAACCCUUCCUCUGGAAGCAGUUCACUCCUCUACGGGGGAGCAGCACCGAUGGGGAGGGAACAAAGUCCCACAGGCACUUACAGCUAUAGCCAUUCUUCUCCUUCCUCCACUGCCCAGAGGCCAGGCUCUUCUCAAUUGGGGACUCUGCCAAACCAAUUCAGCCCUAUUAAUUACCAAGAUGAUCAGGGCCCCAUGUAA